UCGGAGCGGGAGCAUGAAGUAUCCUCGGGGCUGUUUGUACAGCGGGGUGCUGUUCUCCUCUCCCCGCCCCUGGGUCACUUCCUCCAGCAGCAGCGGCGAGGAGGCCAACAAAGCGCCACUCGGAGACCGUUUGGAUUCAUUUUAAAUCAAUCAAUAGCUAUGGCAGCAAUCAGGAAAAAGCUGGUCAUAGUGGGAGACGGAGCCUGUGGGAAGACGUGUCUGCUCAUCGUGUUCAGCAAGGACCAGUUUCCGGAGGUCUACGUGCCCACGGUCUUCGAGAACUACGUCGCCGACAUCGAAGUUGAUGGCAAACAGGUGGAGUUAGCGCUUUGGGAUACAGCAGGUCAAGAAGACUAUGACAGACUGCGUCCACUCUCUUAUCCAGACACCGAUGUCAUUCUCAUGUGCUUCUCCAUUGACAGUCCUGACAGUCUGGAGAACAUCCCGGAGAAGUGGACCCCCGAGGUGAAACACUUCUGCCCCAAUGUUCCCAUUAUACUGGUGGGAAAUAAAAAGGACCUGCGUAACGAUGAGCACACCCGGAGGGAGCUCGCCAAAAUGAAGCAGGAACCUGUGAAACCAGAGGAUGGACGGGACAUGGCCAACCGGAUCAGUGCCUUUGGAUACAUGGAGUGUUCUGCAAAAACAAAGGAUGGUGUGAGGGAAGUGUUUGAGAUGGCCACCAGGGCUGCACUACAGGCCAGGCGGGGAAAGAAGAGCAGUAAAUGUGUCCUACUGUAAACAAGGGCACGAGGACUGCUUCCUACAGGGGGAAAGAAGGAGCAUUAGGUCAAAGCUACCCCCCACUCCCCAAACACACCCACACAAAAGACUGUUCUCCCCAGUUUUUACUAAAGGUGUAAUGCUUUUACUUUUUUUGUCUUAAGCAAACGUAGUCAGGUUCUGUCAGUAUUCAAUUUUGAGCUAAUGGAAAACUACUUUUUUGUACUUUAACAUGAGUAAAUUUGCCAUAAUGAAACCUCCUUCAUCAACAUGUAAUCAAAGAGGUCGGCCAAGGGACCUGUUGUGUCAUAACUGCCAACUGCAGUGAAGUGCUUCAGCCCUGCCUGCUGAUCUGAGGAUUGUUUCCACAGCCAGCGAGGGCGAAGUACCUGCGCAGUGACCAGUAGUCCUUUCAAUUAUUCCAACAACCUGAUGCGCACAUGAAGUCGAAAUUUGUUUGUGCGCUUCAUAUACAAAUCCUUUGUGCAUUAUCACGUGCACAGUAUGAGACUGGAAACUCAUUUUGUUAAACGCAAAUGGAAACUUAUUGUUUUGUGUAAUAAAUUUCUUUGUAAGAAUCUUGA